AACAAACAAUGGCGACGAACAAAAUCGUCCGUCUGAUCGCACCAAGCCGAUCCGCCUCCUCUAGAUUCCUGGAGCCUGUAUCACGCUUUCUAAGCUCCGGCACUCCUCCUCCGCAGCCCCCGCAGUCACCAUCACCAUCUCCGAAUGAGGAUCAGGUUGUGAAGCCAGAUCAGAAACUUCAAGAGAAUCUGCAGAUGCCCAAGGAAGAGGAAGAUGAAGAAGAAGGAGGAGGUGGAGAGUUUUUCAACAAAGAUACCGGUGAGAUCGGAGGGCCUAGAGGUCCUGAGCCGACACGGUACGGCGAUUGGGAACAACGUGGUCGAUGCUCCGACUUCUGAUUGACACGUGAUGAUCCCAAGUAAAUCUCGGUCCUCGUUCAUCAUUUUUAUUCACUUUUAUAAGUUUUUAUGUAUUCGCAAAUAAUGGAGAACAUUAAGGAGAAAAAUUAAGGACAAGUUGGAACUAUGAUUUGUCUGGAUUCCUUGUGUGCUUAUGAAAUGUUUAGUUAUUUGAAUACAUAAAGUGACUUUGCUUA